GAGAGUGUUUGACUUGCGUACGGGCUCCUCAGUCGUCUCUUUAUAUGCCCAUCACAUGGGUGUGACCACCGUCCAGGCAGAUGAUUGGAAGAUCGUGAGCGGCGGCGGCGAGGGAUUGGUCAGUGUGUGGGAGAUGAGGAUAGGAGCCAAACUCUGGGAAAUGCACAACAGACACCCGGUUCGCCACAUACGGUUUAACACCAGCACCCUGGUGACGGCCAACGUCCCUGAUGAGAAGAACCCUCGCGGGGCUUGUAUCACAGACGAUGACCUCACCGCUCACCGCAGGUACAGAGGGCUGAUCUGUCACUAUGAUUUCUCUAUGGACUCGUCGACCCCGGAUCACGUUCUGCCCAUCUGCAGGUCCAACUACACGGAGUCCUCUGGAUACAACUAUAACAUAGGCUUGUCGAUGCCGUAUGACAUACUGAAAAGCCCUUAGGUUGGCUUUCAGGAUCAGUUGCAGUGGGAAGAUUGAUAUUGAAUUUGCUAUUUUAAAAUGAUCCGGGGUCAUAUUCCUUUAAACUAAUCAAUAAUACAAUCAAAAACAGUGUAAUUUCAAAGCUCUUUGUCUGGAUGGCCCAUUAAGAUGUAUGGACUAGAAUUGUGUAAAAAAUUUUGCUCAUUUUAGUAUACAAUAUUAUAAUAUUAAAUCACCAUCUGAGAAGAUGAAAUACAAAUGAUACAAAAUGGAAGUUUUGGUGGAUUCAUAACUCUCUGCAGUCAGUAAUUCACCACACAAAGGUAGUAUGAUUUAUUUAUUUAUUUCAUAUUUGAAAAG